AUGAGAGGAAAAAGAGCGAAGCAAUAUAAAAAGCUCAUGCAGCAAUAUGGCAUGAGCUUUGGUUUCCGUGAAGCAUAUCAAGUACUUCUUGACGCAGAGAUUAUUAAGGAUGCUGAUAGAUUCAAGAUGGACUUGGUCGGUGGUUUAGAGCGAACACUUCAUGGUCAAGUUAAGCCUAUGAUUACACAAUGCUCAAUGCGCCAUUUAUAUGCUGCUUCAUCAGAACCAGGAGUUUCCUAUCUCAUCGACAAAGCAAAAACCUACGAGCGACGCCGUUGUGGUCAUCUCCCAGAAGAUUAUCCCGAACCUCUCUCUGCCCGUGAUUGUAUCAAAGCAGUCGUUGACGGCAAAAACAAUGGAACCAAUAAACACAGAUAUGUGGUAGCAAGUCAAGAUAUAGAAGUGAGAAAGGCGAUGAGGGCAAUUCAGGGCGUACCUUUGGUUUACAUCAACAGGAGUGUUAUGAUUAUGGAACCUAUGGCAGAAACAUCUACAGAGACGAGAGAUAGAGAAGAAAGGUCGAAAUUUAGACAAGGCAUUAAGUCAGGAAGAGCUUCAGGAAGUCUCAAGAGGAAGAGAAAUGAAGGCGAUGAGGACGAUGACGAAGAAUCAGCAAAGAAAGAUAUGGGUGUAUCGGAAGGUGUUGCGAAAAAGAAGAAGAAUGCACCAGGACCAAAAGGACCCAAUCCAUUAGCAAUGAAGAAGAAAAAGAAGGUCGAGGGAGAGAGUACGAAGCCUAAUGCGUCAACCAAAGUGGCUGAUGCAAAUGAUACGGGAGCGGAUGGUUCAGAACCUGUCAAACGCAAACGAAAACGUCUACACUCGAAGAAAAAGGCAGAGGAUGGAGCUGAUGGGGAAACGACCAUUUCAAGUGAGAAAAUGGAUGAAACAGCUUAA